GUCAGUCUCUGGAGCAGUUAGUGAGUAAAACAGGAGUGGAAAUAACACAGAGUACUCAAAAAAAGUAAAGUCCAAUCCUGGAUGUGUUUGGAUGAGUUUCUGAGUCUCUAGAAUGUUGUUCCUGGGCUAUGCAGCUCUGCUCUUAUGUUGGACGUGUUGUACUGCACAAAGAGCUUGUGAAGAACCUCCUCCUAGGAGGGUUAAGGAAGUGCCUACUAAAAUAUGGGACAAACCUCCCUAUCCACAUGGUACUCAAGCAACAUACGGUUGUCGGCCUGGAUAUAUAAAACCUGGACGAAUUAUGUUUGAGUGCGUUGAUGGGGCAUGGCAGCAGCAGCCCCCAGUGAUAGAAUGCAAAAAUAAGCCCUGUGGGCAUCCUGGAGAUACUCAGUUUGGUUCCUUUGAACUUACUGCUGGAAGUGAAUUUGUAUUUGGUGCCAGAGUUGAGUACAGAUGUAAUGAUGGAUACCAGAUGCUCAGCCAAAGAAAUUACCGUGAAUGUCAGGCAGAUGGAUGGAGCAAUGAUAUCCCUCACUGUGAAGUGGUAAAGUGUUUACCUGUACAGGCACCAGAAAAUGGAAGAAUAAUUAUGGCUGGUGCAUUUGAGCUAGACCAAGAAUAUGCCUUUGGCCAAGUUGUAAAUUUUGAAUGUAAUGCAAAAUACAAGCUUGUUGGAGCUAAAGAAAUAAUUUGCUCAUCUAAUGGAAGAUGGAGUAACGAUGUGCCUCAGUGUCAAGAUAUUAGCUGUGAUGUGCCAGAAAUUCCAAAUGGAUAUGUACAUUCUCCAAAGCAGUCUUACAAGGAAUCGGAAAUACUGCGGUUUGCCUGUAACGAUGGAUACAGAUUUGGUGACAGAUCAGAUGCACUGUGCACUGAAACAGGAUGGAAUCCACCUCCCUAUUGCACUGAAAUCGUAUGCUCUCCUCCAGUAGUUAGCCAUGGGGAUUUUAGACCUGACAAAGGCAGCUACAAAGCGGGUGAUACAAUCACGAUACAGUGUGAUCCUGGGUAUCAUUUUAAAGCAUUGACUGGCGGAAACACAGCUGAAUGUACCGGGAAUGGCUGGGUGCCCGAGCCAGCUUGUGUCUCGAAACCUUGUGACUACCCAGUCAUAGAAAACGGCAAGUUAAGUUACACAUAUGAGAACAACAGACACUAUUAUUUUCCAAGGAGAUUUGGGCAGAGUGUUGACUACUACUGUUUCCAGGAUUAUUCAACCCCCACUGGAAAUCCCUGGGUUCGAAGUUUUUGUUCCGAAACGGGCUGGUCUCCAGAGCCAAAAUGCCUGAAAAAAUGCCAGUAUAAGUAUUUUGAGAAUGGUUAUUUCACCUUGUCAAGAAGAGAGUUCCGUUUAAGGGAAGUGGUCCCGUAUAGAUGUAAUACUGGCUUUGUAACUGCAGAAGGACGAGACGAAGGACAGACACAGUGCCAAGAAGAUGGCUGGACUCCACCUCCAAAAUGCAUCAAAUUAUGUAAAGCACCAGAGGACAUUUUGAUUCACCACACAAAUAAAACUGUGUUCAUGCCUGAAGAUAGAAUUGAGUAUUCAUGUUUGGAAGGAUAUAAAACUGCAAAUAAUAUGCCAACUGAUACCACAAGGUGUGGCAUAAAUGGUGAAUGGAGUCCAGCACCCGAGUGUCUCGUAAUAGAAUGUGCAAUGCUGACAUUGCCCAAUGGAGAUUUUUAUCCCAAGAAGGGUAAAUACCCCAAUGGAGAUGUUGUGAAAUUCACCUGUGCAAACCAAUUUGUAAGAGUGGGACCUGCCUCUGUUCAGUGCUACUCCUUUGGAUGGUUUCCAUCACCACCAGUGUGUCAAGUGAAGGCCAGAGGCUGUGGACCUCCCCCUGAAAUUACCAAUGGAAGUAUUGCUGGUGGCUCUGAGGAACAGUAUCAACAUGGGGACAGAAAGCAGUAUGAGUGUAACAUGGAAUUUAAAUUGGUUGGAUCAAAGGAAAUAGAAUGUGUUGAUGGACAGUGGUCACCUCCUCCCUCUUGCAUUGAAGACAAAAUGCCCUGUGAAUCACCUUCCUCUAUUCCGAACAUUGCUCUUUAUCAGGCAGACCAGACCCAGUUUUCACAUGGUGAUCAAGUAACUUGUGGAUGUAAACCAGGCUCUGGCAAUUCUAAGCAAAUGAAAAUAAAAUGUCUUAAUGGAGAAUGGAAGCCUUUACCUCUUUGUGCUGAUCCAUCUCCUCAGUGUGAACUUCCAGUGGGUGUUGAGUUUGUAAACUCUGGUCGACAUUCCAUGUCAAAAAGGAGGACUGGUUUUUAUAAAGUUAUACAUUACAGAUGUACAUCAGCUGACAAAAAUAUUAAACAGGCAACUUGUGUGUCUGGAAAUUGGACACCAGAGAUUGAAUGUCCAGCUGAGGAGGGUGUGUGCCCACCUCCACCUCAGGUGUCUGGUGCACAACAGACAACAGCUGGAAGAAAUUACAGGCAUGGGAGUAAAAUAGCUUUUUCAUGUGCCAAUGGUUUCCGGCUCAUCGGUGCAAAAGAAAUAACCUGCAUAGAAGGGAAAUGGCAAUCACCACCUCAGUGUGUGGAAAGACCAUGUUUGCCACCACAGCCUGUAGAAUGUGCUGAUGCUCCCAGGCUGGAAAAUCCAAACUUAAAAAUUGAAAUAGAAGGGAAAUCAAUUUAUCUGACUGGUGCUAAAUUUAAAUAUGUUUCUCGGUCUGGAUACAUGUUAAAUGGAACAACUGAGAUAACUUGUUCUAUGGGAGAAUGGACUUCAGCUCCUAAAUGCUUGGAAAUGUCAUGUGGAAGUAUUCCAAAAGUUGCCAAUGCUCAGUUUGAAGGCAGAACCAAGAAAACUUAUGAGCCUGGUGAAACAAUUCGCUACGAGUGUGAUGCAGGGUUCCUGAUUGUCGGUUCCCCUGAAAUUCUGUGCAGAGAAGGAAAUUGGACAGCACCGCCCUUCUGUGAAGAUGUUAGCUGUGGACCUGUACCUGAAAUCCCCAAUGGUCAUGUUGCAGGCACUCAACAGGAGAGGUAUCUGCCCAGUGCCAGAGUGCAUUAUCAAUGUGAAAGCAAUUUUCAAAUGAUAGGUGGAAAUUUUGUCACUUGUUUAAAUGGUGAAUGGUCACAAGCACCAGUGUGUAGAGAUGUGACAUGUGAACCUCCUCCAGAAAUUGCUGGUGGUAGGAUUAAUAUUAAAAAGACAAAGUAUCUCCCUGGGGAGACUGCUAACUAUGACUGCUGGCAAGGUUUUAAGAUGACUGGGACUUCCACUGUAGUGUGCCAGAAUGGGACCUGGACAGAGCUGCCAAAGUGCAAAGGAAAAGGUGAGAAAUGUGGCCCACCUCCAGCUAUUGAAAACGGAGAGCUUCUUUCCUUCCCCAGGCCAGAAUAUCAACAAGGUACAACUCUGGAAUACAAAUGCCCAAGCCUGUACGUCUUGAAAGGAUCUCAGUAUAUCACUUGUACUGAUGGGCAGUGGUCAAGCCCCCCUGUUUGCCUAGUGGCCUGUACAGCAUCAGAAGAAGAUAUGGACAGAAACAAUAUUGAGCUGAAAUGGUCCAGAGAAGCCAAGCUGUAUUCCACAUCGGGUGACUAUAUUGAAUUUGACUGUAAAGCAGGAUAUGUGAAAGAGCAAGAGCCUUCCCACUACAGAGUGCAGUGUGUGGAGGGAGUGUUGGAUUACCCACGAUGCAGGCCAGGCAGGAGCUGUACAGUGAGUACGGACCAUAUGAAAAGCAACAAUAUUCAACUACAGUCACGCCAAUCAAGAACUUCCACCUAUCGCUCUGGGGAUUUUAUUUUCUUUGAAUGCAAAUGGUGGCACAGACCAGUUUCAAGAGCUGAGAAAUUUAGAGCAGAGUGCCUGGAUGGAGUGAUUACAUAUCCUACAUGUCAAUCGUGGUUUGGAUAAAUGGAAAUGGCAUGAAGGAGGCCAGCUGCAGAAAUAAGAGAGCCCUCAGCCAAUGCAGUGAUUUGAGCUCAAUUUUUCCUGGUGUUUCCCAUUUUGCUGUGCUUUGUUUGCAGUUUAGACAAUGUUCUGCCUUGGAAUUUGUUAUAUUAUUUUUAUGAUUGGAUGAUCGUGUUUGCAUAUUAUCCACAUUUUAUCCAUUUUUGUAAAUGUAUUUGCAUUUUGUCCAUCCAAAUGGCUGUGCUUGCAUUUUAUCCAUUCUAUACUGAUCUCACUGUUAUUUUUAUUAACAAUUGUGUCCUGAAAUAGGCUGGCUUUGGUGGCAUACUGAGACAAGAAUUAAAGCUCAUGAGUAAUUUGAUUCUCA